UAUCAAAUUCAAAAGCCUUCUUUUUGUAUCGUUCAUUUUUUUUCCUUAAAAAUAUUUUUAAAACAUUUUUUUAAUAUUUUAUCAUUUCUUUAAUGAAAAUUUGUGUGUCUCAACUCUGCUAAAGCCUGAAGUAUGGAUCACAUCAUAAAUCCAUAUAUGCAAUGAAAUUUACGUUAUAUAGGUCCUGGAAAAGGGAGGAAUAGUGGUAUUGGAGAGUGGAUUUAUGGAGCUGGAAGAUUCUAGCAAGUUCAAUUACUUUAUAUGCUACAUUUCUUUUCUUUCUUCCUUGUUAAUAUGUUUUUGGUCAUGUAAUUUUUCAGUAGAAGCUUCUUUGUUGUUUUAGCCUGAACAAUUCAGAAGCUGGUCCACAUAUGGAUAUGCAACUAGGGAUGGAUGCAAAGAUCGAGGAAGAAUAUGCUUACCAGUCUAACUUACUCCAAGAAUUCAAAAAUAUCUCCAACAUAGACAAGGCACGGAUUUUUAAGUCAGACAGCUCAUUGAGCUCUCAGGGAAUGUUUUGUAUUAGCCAGCCAAAUCUUGUGGAAAACAAGAGAAGGAAGUUCAUUCUAUCCUGUACCAUAUUCAAAGAGAGCAACAGUUCUGUAAAAUUUCAAUGGGCUCCAUUUCCCAUAGAGAUGUCUGGGGUUUCUAUAAUUAUUCCAUCCCCUUCUGGCUCAAAACUUCUUGUGGUUCGAAAUCCUGAGAAUGAUGGUCCUUCUCGCUUUGAAAUUUGGAGUUCAUCUCACAUGGAGAAGGAGUUUCAUAUCUCCCAAUCAGUGCAUGGUUCAGUAUAUACUGAUGGAUGGUUUGAGGGAAUCUCCUGGAACUUGGGUGAAACUUGUAUAGCAUAUAUAGCGGAAGAGCCCUCUCCUGCAAGGCCCUCAUUCAAUGACAUGGGCUACAAGAAAGGGGCAUUUUCAGAUAAGGAUUGUGGUAACUGGAAAGGUCAAGGGGAUUGGGAAAAUGAUUGGGGAGAAACUUAUGCUGGAAAGCGGCAACCUGCGCUUUUUGUUAUCAACAUCAAUAGUGGAGAGGUACAGGCAGUCAAAGGAAUUGAUAAAUCUUUGAGUGUUGGCCAAGUUGUGUGGGCUCCUUCUACUCAAGGCUCAGAACAAUAUCUGGUUUUUGUUGGAUGGUCAUCUAUGACAAGAAAACUUGGUAUGAAGUAUUGUUCUAAUAGGCCUUGUGCAUUAUAUGCUAUUAAAGCACCAUAUUAUGACCCGAAAACUUUUGAGCCAGAAUCCCUAAAUAGCACUGCUGGGGAGACACGUGCUCUUAACCUAACUCAAAGCAUAAGUAGUGCUCUCUUUCCACGAUUCAGCCCAGAUGGAAAGUUCCUUGUGUUUUUAUCUGCAAGCAGUUCUGUAGAUUCUGGAGUCCACCUUGCAACAAAUUCACUUCAUAGAAUUGAUUGGCUAACCAAUGGGAAAAUACACCAAUUUGUAAAAAUUUAUGAUAUUAUUCCGGUUGUGAUGUGUGCUGAGGAUGGUUGCUUUCCUGGGCUUUACUGUACAACUAUCCAUAGUAACUCAUGGCUUUCCGAUGGGUACACCAUGAUCAUAUCAUCCAUCUGGCACAGCAGUCAAGUUUUACUUUCCGUGAAUGUGUUGAGGAGCUCAAGAUCUCCGCGUUCCGAUUCCUGA